AUGUGCCAAUUUUCUUCGCUGUGUGCAGCUCAGCCAUUUCCUUUCCCCUUCUUCUUUCCUUCCUCCUCUGGUGCCCCCAGUCUCUCGUCAACCCUUCCAUCCAACCUCCCGAAUCUAGCUCCCUCCACGUCAUCAUCAGCGCUUCCAGCCACGUCAGCAGCAGCACAGCCUUUACAAGGAUCAGGAGGGGAGGCAGCAGGGGGGAGCGGAUUUGCAGGAGCAGGAGGGGGGAGUGGAGAGGUGACAUCAGGGACAACAGCCACGACAGCUACACAGGCGUCUCUGUUCCCCCCUCCUGUGUCAACCACUCAACAACUUGCAUCCUCUUCACCCUCAUCAUUCGCGCCUGUUACAGCAGCUGAUCUCCCCGCAUCUCAACUGCAGUCCAGUACUUUUCCCACUCUCCCCAGCGGCCCCAUUCCCCUCCCUCCGGUCCCUGUGUCUCCCCCCUUCAGCUUCUCCCUACCCUUCCAGUUUUCCACCUCCUCUGAACCAUCAGCCUCCUCCACGCCCUCCCCUCCCUUAUCCUCUCCCCCAUCCCUCACUCCAACUCUCCCGUUUACCCCCUCUUCCUCCCCUUCUCCUCCCUCUCUGCCAAGCUCCUCCGCUCCCUUUCCGCCAAACUCCCCCUCUUCCCCCUCCCCUCCUCCCCCACCCCUUUCACGCACUUCAUCCCCAGCAUCCUUAAACAAUUCCUCGCCCUCUCCCCCUCCAUUCCCUGCUUCUUCCUCUUCCUCCUCUCCUUCCUCCUCUCCCUCCUCCUCGCCCUCCUCCUCCUCCUCUCCCUCCUCUGCUUCCUCUCCCCCCUCCCAGCGCUGCUUAUUCGCAGGCCAGCAGCAGCCGUGUGUGUGCCUCUCACAACCAAACCCACCCACUACAACACCACAGCGCAACCAAUCCUCUACUGUUACCGCCGCUGCCACCGCUGCUACUCCUGCCACCGCUGCCGCUGCUCCUGCUGCGUCUGCUGCCACUGCCGCUGCCCCUUCUGCCCCUAUUGCCGUUGCUGGACGUUCCUCUCCUGCUGUCGCUACACCCACCGCUGGUGCUUCUCCAGGAAUCCCCUCCGCCACCAUUAGACUCGUUGCUGCAAGUGAACCUGCCCCCUCGUUGCCUGCUCCGGUCGUGAUCCAAGCAGGCAGGCAGACCCAGAUGCACCUGAGUCCCAGCUUUACUGCUCUGUCCCCUUCUCUCCGCCUCCCUGCCUUCUCCCCUGCUUACUUUGUCCCGUCCUCACCCUCCUCUCUCCUCAUCUCCCCCUUGUCCCCUCGUCUCCCUCUUCUCCCUCGUCUCCCUCUUCUCCCUCUUCUCCCUCUUCUCCCUCUUCUCCCUCUUCUCCCUCUUCUCCCUCUUCUCCCUCGUCUCCCUCUUCUCCCUCUUCUCCCUCGUCUCCCUCUUCUCCCUCUUCUCCCUCGUCUCCCUCUUCUCCCCUCUCCUCCCCUUUCUCCAAUCUCACAUCCCAGCCUCAUCUCCUCAGCCAAUGAGCAUGCAACAGCUGGCUAUCAAGCGGUGGCAGUGGGGGGCGUGCUAGCAAUAGGGCUCAUACUGCUUCUGCUCUUCGCUGCCGUGGGGUGCUGCGGUGACGUGUGUGGGGGGCUGUGUGAGGUUCUCAUACUGUCUCUCUCCCUUCUAUACCCCCUCCACAUUCCAGCCCCACCCCCACAGCCAAUGAGCGGCCAACAGCUGGCCAUCACAGGCGCGGCGGUGGGCGGCGUGCUAGCAAUAGGGCUCAUACUGCUGCUGCUCUUCGCUGCAGUGGGCUGCUGUGGAGACGUGUGGGGGGGCUUGUGUGGGGGGUUGUGUGGGGUGAGAAAGAGAGGGGACGAGGAGAGUGUGUGGGUGGGUGAGUGGGGAAAGGGAAGCAGCUAUGAGAAAGUUGAGAGGCGCAAUCUGGGGGGUAAUGUUGGAGCGCGUGGGAAAGGGCAGCAGGACAGGGAGGCGAGGAGGAAGACGAGGCGGGGUGGGAGAGAGGGGCAGAGCAAAGUGGAGAGGGAGAGGCAGGGCCCGGAUAGGCCUUGGCACGUCAAGAAACAAGAGCAGCAAGAGCGUUCUGAAGAGAAGGUGCAGCAGCAGGCCGGAGGGAGGGCGCAGCAGCCUGAGGAUAGGGCGCACGUGGGUACAAGUCGGCAACAGAGCAUCCCGGCCCACGAGCAGAUGCACCAGGAGCAGCAGCAGCACAUGCCGUCCCUUCAGCAAAACCUGCCACCCCUUCAGCAGCCCAUGUCAACCUUUCAGCAACAGCAACAGCUACAGCAACAGCAGCGCCAUAACCAGAGCAGGGAGGAGAUGAGGAGGCAGUUGGUGGCAGAGCAGCACAGAGCAGUGGAGGAGCAGCGUGAGGACGUUGUUGCUAGCAGCGUGGGCACAGUGAUGCGCUCGGCUGAACAGAUGAGCUCAGGUCUGGGCAGCGGCAUGAGAAUGAAUGAGGGGAGGCAGUUGGUGGCAGAGCAGCACAGAGCAGUGGAGGAGCAGUGUGAGGAGCAGUGUGAGGAGCAGUGUGAGGAGCAGUGUGAGGAGCAGUGUGAGGAGCAGUGUGAGGAGGCGCUUGCAAGCAGCGUCGGCACAGGGAUGGGCUCGGCUGAACUGAUGAAAAUCUUAAGUGGCCAGGUCAAGCCAAAUGGUGCAUUAGAGCUAAAAGGGUUGGCCGAGCCAAGGGGUACGGCCGAGCCAAGGGGCCAGGACGGGUCAUCACUUGCUGAUACUGAGAAGAUAAGGAAGAAGCAGCGAGGCAUGCACUCUGAGGCGGUGGACGGGAGUGGGUUAGGUGCACAGUCAGCAGCAGUUGCAGCCACUGCCAUCACUACUGCCGUGCUGCCAUCGGGGGAGACUGUGGAUGUGGAGCGAGUGGUGAUCGGGCAGGUAAGCUGGGGAUGGGAGGGACGGGCUCUCCCCUGCCCUAAUCCCACAGCACAUGCGUCUGCCCUCCGACUCUUGCGACGUCUCAAAACUCUCCUUCCUCCUUUCCUCCCUCUCCAUAUUUCCCCCCUUUCCCAGCUCUCCCCUGCCCACAUCUCACAGCACAUGGGUCUGCUCUCCCACCUCUCCCACCCACACAUCGUCGACACUCUUGGCUACAAGCUGCUGGCCGGCAACAUCUGUCUGGUAGCCACAGCCCACAUGUCGCAGGGGACUCUGCUCCAGUGGCUCAAAGCCUCCUCCCCUCCUCUGCUGGACUGGCCUGCAAGGGUACAGGUGGCACGGUUGGUAGCCCGAGCUCUCACAUUCGCCCACUCGUGCGAUCCCCCGCUGCCACAUGGCGCGCUCUCCUCACGCCACGUGGCGUUUGGGGCGGACCUCAAGCCGCGUGUCGGGGGCUUUGCUGCUGCCAGGCUGAGAAGGCUGGGGCACCGCAGGGCAUUGCAUGGAAAUUCAUCUGAUGACACGGCAGCUGACGUGGCAGCUGACGUGGCGGAGCACAUAGCAUCGGACAUCCACAGCUUUGGUCUCAUUCUCCUUCAUCUGCUCACCGGCCGCGACCCCUUCCUCUCAUCACCAUCAUCAUCACCACCUUCCGCCUCGUCCUCUUCCCCCACCUUCGCUGCCCUUUCGUCCGAUGCACAGUGGCUGCUGGCUGAGGUCAAGUCUGCAUGCGAGUGCAUGGACCAAACGCGUUUGCUGAGUGUAGUUGAUCCUUCCCUCGCAAUCAAGCGUGCACCCUCCACCAUGUUAAGUUGGCGCGUGCUGGUGCUGCGGCUGGGCGAGCGAUGCAUGGAGUUUGAUGGGCGCAUGGACCCCAUCGAACAGAUGGACCUGUGUCUGACGGUGGUGAGCCGCAACUUUGACGCCCUCAAGGGCGAGCUGCUGCCGCUCCUAAUGCAGUGUGCAGAGGACCUUCCCCAAAAGGCACCGUUCUACACCACUCUGGUGUCGCUACUAAAUGUGGACUAUGAGGAGUUUGGGGCGUCUGUGGUGGAGCAUGUGAUGGCAGGCUUGCAGGCGGCCUUUGAAACUGGAGAGUGCAACAAGAUGCGCAUUCUUCUGCGCCUUCUCGCGCUGCUGUCUGUGGCAGCAGUAGUGCCAGAGUCUGAGGUGUUGCAAGUUUUGUCUCUUCUGGUCGACACCGCCACCUCGCACCUCGACCCGACAGCUGGCGGGAAUCCCAACUGGCAGCCUCGGGCGGACUUCUUUGUCUUUUGUGUGCUUGCCUGCCUUCCCUUUGCCGCUCAAGACUGGCAGGAGUCGCAUCCGGACGAGCUAGCCAGUCUGCUGGCGGCAGUGCAGGGCUACAUGGAAGCCCGCUCGCCGCUCGUCUUCCCCGCACUCGCGGUCUUCGAGCCUCAGCCCACCGACACCACACCGCCACAGGACUAUCUGGAGGAGCUGUGGGAUCGCAUCAAGGCAUGCAAGGAAGAUUCCUGGAAGGCGGAAAGUGUGCCUCGCCCCCACGUGGCAGUGAAGGAAAGGCUCUCCUCUUCCAUGCGCCACCCCAUCGGCCUCUUCACUCCGCCGCUGCCCCCCCCUGCUGCCGCCCAACUCGACAAUGAUGCUGACAUGGACGAGGGCGACGACGAGCACAAGCAGACAAGAGCCGCCGCCCGGCAGCGGUUUGAGGCGCUGCAACAGUUUCCGCCCCGGAUUGGGCGUCUGAAGCUGUUUCCGCCAGCCAAGACCGACGCUACCAUGUCACCCAUCGACCGCUUUGUGGUGCAGGAGUAUCUGCUGGACGUGCUCUUCUACAUGAACGGCAGUCGCAAGGAGUGCGCGAGCUACCUGGUGGGCCUGCCUGUGCCGUUCCGCUACGAAUACGUCAUGGCGGAAACCGUCUUCUCCCAGUUGCUGCUGCUUCCCCGGUCGCCCUUCCGCCCCAUUUACUACACAAUCGUCCUCGUUGAUCUCUGCAAGGCCCUCCCCGGCGCCUUCCCAGCAGUGCUGGCAGGGGCAGUGAGGGCGUUGUUCUCCCGGGCGGCAAUCAUGGACGUGGAGUGCAGGACACGUGUCAUCCAGUGGUUGGCCCACCACCUGUCCAACUUUGCGUUUGUGUGGCCGUGGGCGGCGUGGGCAGCAGUGGCACGGCAGCCGGAGUGGGCCCCACAGAGAGUGUUUGUAUCAGAGGUGCUGGAGAGGGAGAUCCGCCUCUCCUACUAUGACAAGAUCAGAGAGUCCCUUGGUUCCGCGGAGAUGGAGCAGCUUCUCCCUCCCAAGCCCGAGCCCGUGUUCAAGUUCAAGCGCAACCGCGCCGCGGGGCCGGGGAGACUGCUGGCGCCUGCAGAGGGGGAGGGGGAAGGGGAGGGAGAGGGGGAGGGGCGCGGGAGGAAGGAAGGCGGGGGGGAAGGGGAGAAGAAAGAGGGGGAGAAGUCGGGAGAGGGAGAGGGGGACCGCGACAUGAAGGAGGGGGGCGAGGGGGAGGGCGGGGAAGGGGGGAAAGACGGGGGGAAAGACGGCGGAAAAGGCGCAGUGCAGCAGUAUGGGGAGGGGGUGGAUGCAGCAGCGGUGGAGGUAGCUGAGGAGCUGAUAGUGAUGGUGCGGACGAAGCGGGCAGGCAGGGAGGUGGCGGCGUGGGUGGAGGAGCAGGCGGUGGGCAAGGUGGGCGGGGACAAGGGCCGCGUGCUGGAUGUGGUGGCCCAGACGCUGCUGGUGCUGGGCUCCAAGAGUAUUACCCAUGCGGUUACCGUGCUGGAGAGAUACGGGCUGGCGCUGCAGCUGCUGGCGCCUGAUCAGGUGGGUGCAGCUGCUGCACAGCAUAUGGACGGUGUGGGCCAACGCCUCUCAGAUGGCGUCAUUGGUCACCUAGUCAAAUGCGGACAGCACACUCCUUUCCCGUACUCCCCCCCGCCCCCCCUUAUCGCUCACCCUCCCCGCCCCACCACAGCCCUCCCAGGUGCAGCUGCUGCACAGCAUAUGGGCCGUGUGGGCCAACGCCCCUCAGAUGGCAGCAGUGGUGGGGACGAGCUAACAAGUGCCAAAAACACACAUGCUCUCCCCCACCCCUCUCCCCUGUUUCCCCCACCCCAACAGCCCUCCCAGGUGCAGCUGCUGCACAGCAUAUGGGCCGUGUGGGCCAACGCCCCUCAGAUGGCGGCGGUGGUGGUUGAUCGCUGCCUCGGCUUCCGCCUCGUCUCGCCUCUCGCUCUCCUCGACUGGUGCUUCGUGCCCGCUCAUUACGAGCUCUACCACACCUCCGAACGCAUCUGGGAGGUGAGGUUGGUCCCUGUUGAGUCGACUGAGAAGUCGCUUCCGUCUCCUCCUCUCCCCACUCGCUCUGCUCGACUGGUGCUUCGUGCCCGCUCAUUACGAGCUCUACCACACGUCCGAGCACAUCUGGGAGGUGAGAUUCUCCGCACCGCCCUCUCAAAGGCCACCAACUGUCAGUCAAAACUUCCACGCAUUCUCUCCUCCCCCACUCGUAUCCCCCUCCUCCUUUCCCCUCCCCCUUCUUCCUCCUCCUUUCCCCUCCCCCUUCUUCAACCAAAUCAGAUUCUCCACACCGCCAUGUCAAAGGCCGCCAACCGCCUGCGCCACGUCAGCGCUGAGGUGGCGGUUCUCGAGAGGGCGUCGGCUGUGGCAGCAGCGGCUGCCAGCAAGGCGCGCAGCGAAUGGGAGGCUUCCACGUUGGCAGAGGAGGCGGAGGGAGAGAAGGCGAAAACACAGGCUGCAGCCAAAGCUGAAUGGGCCAAGGCCCUGUUCAUUGCUCUUUUGCUUCACUUCGCUACGGCCGUCAACAAUCGGCGGGCUGCUGUGGCUGAGGCAGCAGCGCGGGAGGAAGAGGAAGAGGAGGCGAGGAGGGUGGAGGAGGAGAGGAUGGAGGAGGAUGAGGGGGACGACACGGGAAUGGAUGGAGAGGAGGGCGGGGAUGGUGGCAGUGACAGGAGGCUGGCAGGGCGGAGGAAGAGGGAGGAGGAGAGGAGGAAGGAGGAGGAGGAGCGGGGGCACAAGAGGCGGCUCAAGGCGGCGGGGGAGAAGGAGUGGAUGCGCUGUGUGCUGGGCCACAUGCGCUCGCUGUGCCGCUACCACAGCCCGCAGGUGUGGCGCAUGCUGCCAGCCAUCGAGGCGCAAGUCUUCUCACAGGUCCAAGACCCAGUCAUCCGCGACACUCUCAUGUCCGCCCUGCUCUGCCCCUAG